GUGUCAAACGGUUUUGUUGUCAAUUCUUGCUUUCCUGCCAAUUUUUUUACCGAGUGUCGCAAAAUUUCACUUGUUUUACUGGAUUUGCACAAAAAUUAAUAGAAUUUUAAACAAUUCAAUAGCAAGUUAGCAUGGCUGCAUCUCAACCAGUCCGGACAAAUUGGCAUCCCAGCAAAAAGCAUAGCGAUGUGGAACGUUGGGUUUGCAUAUAUCCGGCAUACAUCAAUAGUAAAAAGACACGCCAGGAAGGACGACGCCUGCCUAAAGAUGUAUGCGUUGAGAAUCCAACCUACGCUGAAAUCCGUGAUGUCUUAUCAGUAACCAACUUGCGCGUUGGUGUGGAAAACAAGCAAUAUUCGCGCGAAUGUAGCAGGGAGCUACACCUACGUGGUCGCAUACGCGUGCAAAUGCGCAAUGAUGAUGGAACACCCUGCAAUCCGGAGCUAAACAGUCGUGAGGACAUUAUGCGUUAUGUAUCAACCAGAAUACCACAAUUGAAAACGCGUCAAGGCAACGCAGGUAAUCAGCAGACACACGUGCAAGCGCAACAGUCCGCUGGUGGCAAGAAGGGAAAAGGCAAGAGGCGUUAAAACGUUCAAAACAUUGGUAGUUUGUUUGAGGAGUACAUAUUAAAUAUUUAAUACAAUA